AUGCUUGUGAAGAACUCCCUCCUUCUUGCUGCGGCUCUGACCGCUGGCUCGGCCGCUGCCCGCAUCCAUGGCCAUGAGCGCCGGCACGCUCACCACAAGGCCCAGAUUGAGCCUAUCGUCGAGGUCGAGAAGCGUGGUGGUGUUGGUGAUAUCGUCUCGGCUGUCAUCGAUGGUGUCCUCCAGACUUGGAUCAACGAGUGGUCGGGUGAGAGCGCGACCAGCUCUGCCACCACCACCGCCUCUGCCACCUCUGUGGCCACCACCAUUGUGUCUGUCCCCACUUCCACCGUUGCUCCAUCUGUUGUCGAAUCGACUGCUGUUCCUUCCAGCACCCAGUCCACCGUCAAGCCCACUUCUGCCCCCAGCACUGGCGGUGACUGGCAUGCCACCCCUGCCGAUGGACAGUUCUCUCGCGCCGGGUUCGGCGGCGUUUCCAAGGCCCAGAAGGUUGGAAGCCUGGACUGGGAUUACAUUGGUAACGUCGGUGUCCCAUGGGGUAGCAACAUCAUCGAGGUCGAGGAGAGUGUCGCCAACCAGUACAAGCAUGUUCUCCGCUUCGAAGGUAGCCAGUCUCAGCCGUGGCACGUCGUGUUCUGGAACACCUACGGCCCCGACAACAAGAUGACUGGUUUCUGGGCCCCCAACCAGGCUCUGUCAUUCAACCUCGAGAAGGGACAAGUCAAGUAUGUGGCCAUUGAUGACAACUCUCAGGGUGGCUGGGCUGCGGCUCCUGGCAAGGUUCCCACCACCAACUUCGGCCAGUACGCUGCCACCUGGGGUGAGUUUGACAUGAGCAGCGAGAAGAACGGUGGCUUCUCUGGCUGGGAUGUCUCCUGCAUCAUCGCUCAGCUCAACUCGCUCGAUGUCCAGGGCAUGCGGAUCUGCAACCACCUUGGUCAGGAAUGCUCUCACAUCGGCAAUGGUCUCUCCUCAGUCCUCAACGCCUACACCUCGGCUGACCAGGGCAAGCCCGACCUGGCUGUUUCCCAAGCCUCUGGCCCAGUCCGUCUGAUCGUCGAACUCGACUACGCUUAA